AACGCUUGUCAAGGACAAAACAUGGCAGCCUCCGGUAAAAAGGUGUUCGAGGUAUUUGUUUCAAAAGUACCCUGGACCGUUGCUUCUAAAGAGGUAAAGGAAUAUUUUGGACAGUUUGGACAAGUGAAGAAGUGUCUCCUGCCCUUUGACAAAGAGACUGGUUUCCACAGGGGUUUUUGCUGGAUUGGAUAUACCUCGGAGGAAGGGUUGCAAAAUGCUCUGCAGAAGGAUCCUCAUAUAAUCGAGGGUUCCAAGCUUCAGGUCCAGAGAAACAGAAAGGCAUUUGUUGGAAAAAGACUUACCAAAGAAACAGAAGAAAGCUGAAGGAGUGUGCUUGUUUGUACCUUACCACGAGAAGAAAACUGUUUUAUAAUUUGUUAGUCACGCCACAGUGUUAUUUAUUGUGGAUGUCUAUGUGAGACUGUUUUGUAACUUCAUUUGUCUUAUGUUCAAAUGAGUAUCCUCACAAUGAAUGCUUUCGAACCUGAAAAUCUGUCAAACCAGAUUAAUAAUGAGUUGGCAUUGGUGUAUGCAUAAGAAACAAGGAAU